UCCGGAGAGCACGAGAAAUACAUUCUUUUAAUUAACAGGCUCGGUAUAACAGAUUGAUACUAGGAUUCACCAAAAUACUUCGGUGCGCCCAGAGCCAAGAGAAACACACCUUGUGACAAGAAAAGAGAGGAAACCUUUUAACCCAGGCGUGCUGUUUUCCUGCAUUAAUAGCUGAGGUGGUACAGAGAGUGACUAGGAACAGCUUAACCAUGGCCAGAGAAUGGGGCCUUUCAUUUCGUACAUUUGGAUAUCUAGUAUUGGUUGCCUUCAUAAUGGUUUUUACAUUUGGACUCUUGUGGCACAACUCUCACAGAUUUCAGUGGGUUUCCUCUGUAAACAUCCUUUGUAGUAACUUACAACUUCAAAAUAAUUAUGAAGAUAUCCAGAAAGACAUAAAAAUACAAAGAUUGUUUGAUGAAGAUCCAAGCAGUGAAGUGAAUGUGAAGUUCCCCAGAAUGGUGUAUCCAAAGCCACUUGCUGUGGGACCGCCAUCGAGAACUGAUGUUAUUGUUAUGACUCCGUGGUUUGCUCCAAUAAUCUGGGAAAGUACCUUCAGUAUCAAUAUACUCAAUGAAUACUUCAAAGAGCGAAAUAUAAUUAUUGGACUGACUGCUUUUGCAAUUAAAAAGUAUGUUGUUUUUACUGAGAAAUUUUUAAAAACUGCAGAGGAGUAUUUUAUGGUUGGACACAAAGUGAAUUACUACAUUUUUACUGACCGACCAAAAGAUGUACCAAAUCUUCCACUUAAGGAAGGCAGAAAACUGCAUAUAAUCGAAGUCAGAAACUAUGCUCAGUGGCAAGAAGUCUCAAUGAGAAGAAUGGAAAUGAUAAAUAACUACACCAAAACCAAAUUCAUAAAAGAAGCGGACUACCUUGUGUGUGUUGAUAUCGACAUGCAAUUUAGUGACCACGUAGGAGUAGAGAUUUUGAGUGAUGUCUUUGGAACAUUGCAUCCAGCCUUUUUUGGAGCCUCACGGGAUUCAUUCACCUAUGAACGGAGGAGUGAGUCUCUAGCUUACAUACCUCCAGAUGAAGGUGACUUUUACUAUGCUGGUGGAUUUUUUGGUGGUACACCUCAAGAGGUUUACCGUUUGACCAAGGCAUGUCAUGAGGCCAUGAUGGAGGAUAAAAAGAAAGGGAUCGAGGCUGUGUGGCAUGAUGAAAGCUACCUGAAUAAGUACUUUGUGUACCACAAACCAACAAAAAUCCUGUCCCCUGAGUAUCUGUGGGAUAAUGGUAUGGGAAGUCUUCCUAUCCUUAAAAAGAAAAGAUUUUUGGCAGUACCUAAAAACCAUGCAGCAAUUAGAAGCAAUGACAGGAAAUAACUUUAUCAUCAUUUGGGAUAUUUAUUACUACAUGACUGGUUUAUUGAAUAAGUCUUUGAACAACAGUAUGAAUACUUGAUUGAAAGAUUUAAAGACCCAUUGGACAUUCUACCUCAGCUUCAUGUAUAUUUAUAGUAAAAUGUUGAGAUUUACUUUUGUAUUUUUCAAUGUUAUGGCAUUUACAUCAGCACUGCUGUUAUCAUGAGAUCGGUUCAUCUGUUUUUGAGGAACACACCUAUUUUAUUGAUUUAUAUAGCACCUUCCAUUGAUAUGUCUCCCCCACAUAAAUGCUAAAAUAGUUUACACCAUACUUUGGCUCCUAUAUCACAUUUUUUGUUUGUUUGUUUUUUUAUAAAAUAUCACAUUCUCCUUAGUUCCAAGAUACAUGGUAUCUUAUUAUAAAAGUGCUAGAUUAUAUUCUUAAACCUGAAGCUUACUGGCCUUCAAUAAGCUUUAUUCCUGUAAUACCUUGAUGAUAUUUUCUAUUUUUUUAUCAAAAUAAUGUUUGAAAAAAGACGGUUACUUCUAUGAGUUUUAAAGAGAAAUGUAAUUGUAGAAGGUACAGCAUAAUAAUCUUACUGUUUUCUGUUAUUCAUUCUUAUUUUAAUGUAUUUUGCUUCAGAUUUGUUUACUAAAACUGAAUAUAUUUUAUUUUGCUGUUUUUUUCCCCUGCACUGAGGAAAUAGUAUAGACUGUCAAACAAUAAUUUGUAAGAAUUAUUUUGCUAAAUAUGUUGAUAUUAACAUAAUAGUGCAGCGUUUAUAGAUUGGUUUCAAUGACAUUGCCAUACAUAUGUAAAUGAAAUAUUUGCAGUACAGUACUUGUAUAAAUGUGUAGGAUGAGACCUAGAAAUUUUCAUAUGAAUGUCUUUUGAAACAAAAUUUUCAAUUCUAUAUAAAAAAAUAGACAGUGAGAGUUUUGAAAUUGUUAACAUUUCACUAUGUUCCAUGUGAUGUCAUAAACAGCAAUGACAACAUGAAUAAACUCAAAAGGUCACACUGUCCAACAAGGACUGAUUGGGCUCAAUUAUAACUGGCCACUCCCCGUACCUUCCCAAACAACUUUACUUCUCUCCAAGAAAUUGCUGUUUUUAUUCUGUUUCCUACUUCCAUCUAACAUUUAGCAUCACUCUCAACUACCAUUAUAUCUCCCAUAAUGCUUUGCACUAAAUCCUGUCCUAAUCAGACUCAACUCCUCCUGUGCUGUAGCUGUAGUUCAUUCCUGAGCAAAACUCCCUCUUCCUUUCAUCCCUGAAGUCUUCUCUCGUAUGCUGUAAUCAGAUUAGUAUUUAUCUCUCAUGUCUUCCUCUGUAAUAUCUCUGUCUUACCCAUAAUGCUUAUAACCCUCUACACUCAGUCUCUCUUAAGUCCAUACACAAUUAAAUAUGUAUGACUUUUAUUUACUUAACUGAAAUUUGUUUACCAGGAAAGCCAGACUGGGAUAAUGUCCCAUUUUCAGUGGAGGCCUUGGGAGAAAAGUUCCACACUGACAUAAUAUGGUUACAGUUAAAGUUAUUUCAAAGUUUAAUGCAGAAGAAUGACAUAUAAACUAAGUAAAAAUUCAGCUUCAGAUCAUACACUGUGAAACCUAUACAUAGUGCAGAAAUUUGGACAGCUGUAACAAGUUAAAAAAGAACAUUAAUAGGUAAUGUAUUCACAAGCUGUAGUUCAUAGAGUUGACAAUAAACCCACUGAGUAAACUCUUAGGAAUGAAGAUGCUUAGGCAAAAAUAUAUUUGUCCUUUGUCAAGGAAUAGAUUUUACUAAUUCCUUCUCUUUGAACAUAGUCAAAGUAUGUUGCUGGACAGAGGUGGAUCAUGGUCAAAUGGAGCCCUAGGCAGGGUAAUGGAUCGCCCACCCCCUCUAUACACACACACACACACA